AUGGCUCCGCCCCAAGGCAAUUUGGACGUGUUGGCGAAAGUGACUUACUUGAACGAAAAUUCCGCGGUCACUGACGAGGCGCAAGACUUCGUAGGUUGUACUACGUGGAUUUUCCUGCACUUUCCCAAGUUAUCUGAGCAACCAUGCCUCCUCCCACCUCCUCCCAAGACCACCACCUCAGGCCACAAACGAGAACGAGUGAGCGACAACCUUGGCAUCCCCGACGAGGGUGAAGACAAUGACGACGGCGCUGAGUUUAACCACCUACCAACUUUCGAACUGCCUUUAAGAGCCGACGGCUUGAUCCUGCCCCAGUACGACGGACGAUCAGGAGAAGUGUCCGUCGCCUAG